UUACGCCAUGCUAUUGCUAAGUGCGUGCGAUCCUAGGGAAAAUCUGGAAUAAGACGACUUAAACUUUUGCCAGAUCUCUCUAUUUUUGGAGAAUGUGUCAAUUACCUUCCAUAAUGAUUGACUAUUAAAAGAUUAUAUGGUUCCAACUUUCAACCAGGUGGUAGCUAUAUCAUCAUUUUCCACAAGCAUGUAGAGCGUUGUUACGGAUUAACCCCGUGUUUGGAACGUUCUGCUUUAAUAGUUUUGUAUCAGAUCUGCUUACCCGAACAGUACCCAAAAAAGAAAUACGUGACCAUCUUUUAUGCAGAGAAAUGUUUGGACACCUAGAAAGCACGGAACGUGUGGGUGUCCCUGUGAAGUUCUGUUAGAGAAAUUUCGGAGAGCUGGGCAUGCUCCAAACCUGAUGUCAGCCAUGGAGCUUAUACCAAAACGUCAUCUUUUGCUUUUCAACAAUUGGGUUUAAUGGCAAUUUUGAGAUUAUUUGGUUACCUGGAUUGUUGGUGCUGAGUAUCACGAGAUAUUGACAAUGGGGCCAUGGACUGGUAAGAACUCUCCAAUGGGCUAGAGAGAACUCUUCAAGUCAUGUUUUUCACUUGAGUCUUGGGGGUACUUUUGGAAGCUGGCAUGGAGGCUGGCUAGAUGUUUUAGCCCUGUUCUUGUUUUUGAUAACUUGCAAAACAAUCAGUUGCAUCAAUGGAUGUGAGGUCGGAAGAGCUUUACCACGAGGUUUCUGGUUUCUUGUCAUCGCUAUGGAGGAGUCCAAUUUACUUGGUUUAUUUUGUCUACUUUGGACCUCGAUUGGUUAGAAUGGUAAUGUUCUUCUGUCCCCUGCUCGUCUCUACUUGUUUGCUAAUGUUGAUAGUCUUUAGCGUGGGUCCUCAACUCGAGAGAAUUAGGAUAGAGGGUCAUUUACAGUGGCUUAGGUUCAGAGAAGCUAGUUUGAGACAAGACAAAGGAUUUAGUGUCAUGUCAGGGGUGAAAAGACCUCUGAUAUGCCGUAGGGAUCUUUGGAUUGAUUUGUUUAGAGGGCUGUAUGGUAGUUCCCAAGAACCCAUUUUGCUCUCAGAAAACCCAUUAAUGGUGAAUAAGUUUUCGGGGGAAGGACUCAAAGUUGAGUUUGAGAAGUGCGGGGGUUUUGUCACUUCAAUGGCAGAAGGGAAAACUGUGGAUCCAAGCCAGAGUGUUAUUCUGAGCAAACUGGGAGAGGUCAUGGACAGACUGGUUGCUGAGCUAGGUGGUGAGGUACAGUGUGAUAUCUUGAAUGCAUUAGAAGUCAUUAUUGAAGCACUUAUUCAAACAACUCAAAGUCCAUAUGAAGAAGAUAGAAUUAAUUCAAGCAGUUCAGCAUUUAGAACAGCAAAGGAUAGAGAAGCAUCAGACAAGUCAGUGGAAGAAGCCAAGGCCUUGGAAAAUUUCCCUGACAAGUUGGUUGAUCUUCAUUGCAGAAGCCUUGAUAUUCAAGGUGAAUUUCCAUUAAUUGACAUAGAUAAUGUAGACAGCCUAACUCAAGUUGCAGGACCCUUUACCAAUGAAAAUGUUCCUCACAGGAUAGAUCUAGAGGCCUGUGAAAACGAGGUUGAUGCCAGCUCUUUUCAUGGUGAUGCAUUUAAGACCUCUGUGUUGGUUCCGGAGUCCUUCCAUGAAGAACCAUGCACUGCACAGCGUACAGAGCCUACAGACAUUUCACAAGUUUCAGAGCAAGACAAUGGAAUCUUAGAUAGCAAUCAAACACACCCAUCUGAGAGUGAAAAAGGACUCCCUAGUCUUAAAAAUUGUGUUUUUAGGUCCUGCAGGAUCUUUCCUGUAGAUAACUCUGGUGAGGAGUUCCUUCCCAUGGAUAGAUUAUGGGAACAGGAUGAUCGCCAUGCAGGUCUAUUGGCAUUUGAGAAAUCCCCUGCAACCAGGAAAGAAAAAGAUUGGAAAAGAACCCUUGCUUGUAAGCUCCUUGAAGAGCAGCAAAAUCAGUGGAGGGGAACACUUGUGGGCAAGUUUAGUGAGGAACGUUCAAGCAUACUUCAAAGCCAGCUUUCACCUUCAGUGAAAAUUCCUGAAAACCAGAGCUAUACAGAUUUCUUUGGUUCAAAGUCUACAAGCAGUUCUUCAGAUAGUCCUGCUUUCACCUCCACAGAAAGUCCCUUGAUUGCAGAAGACAUGGAUCUCUUGUGGGAAGAGUAUAAUGAUGUGAAGAACUAUGAUCCAGAAUCUGAUAUCAAGGGCCUCGCCAAGAGCCUUGCCAAACUUCGAAGCCUUAGAGGAAACGUUGAGUCUGAUACAGAUGAGGGUCCAGAAACCCCUAAGCUUUGUUGUCUUAAAGCCUUCAGAUUCUCCCCAGGAAAAAUUCCUUUAAGAAAACCUAAUUUGGUGAAAUUUUCCAAGGCUCUGAAGAAUUUUGGUUUCAUCCAACAUAUUCGGGGACCCAGACAGCAUCCCAGUUAGAAGCCUUUGGAAAUCCCUUAUUGAUCAGGAUCAGUUCACUGACAGUCAUAUUGAUAUACAUUUUAAAUAGCUUUUGGGGAUCCAUACAAAUCCAAACAAAUGCAAUACUUACUCUCGUGGACUAUUCUACAGUCCCUUUCUGCACUGCAUCUAUGAUGAGGUCUCUGUCCACUCUUUGAUGAUUCAACCAUCUCUGUCUCUCUGUUAAUUGUCUUCUCCUAUACUGUAUCACUCCUUCCAGCUAACCUUUCUCCAUUGUACAAGCUAAGUUUUGGAGAUGAAUCCUCUUCAAAAUAUCCAUGUAAUGCUAUAUGAAUAUCUCAAGUUAGCUCAAUUUGAAUAUACAGAUCUGUUAUGUUUUAAAUUAAAAACAAUUUCAUCUGUUAGCAAGCAUUGUUCUCAGAAACCAGGUAUGUGCCCUAAUCUAAUCUAACAAUGUAUUAG